AUGCCACCCUCCACAAUGACCCAAGGGCCACAGUCCAGAUUGGGCGACAACUUCCCCGUCAAACGCGGUCAUACGACCCAGCUCUCGAUAUCCGAUCCCAGCCAUCACGUCACUGAAGCGAUCGGGACCUUGUACGGCGACGAAGACGACUCAGCCCAGGAAACUGGCCGGCCGCUCAGCUACAUCAACGACGGCUACCAGGAGCAAAUCGGCGCGCCCAGCUCCAACUUCGGAUCGCACUCCAAUACCAGCAGGCAGCCGCCCAAACGAUCCGCUACCGAUUACUCAAAUGCGGCUCAAACCCCAUAUAAUGACCAAUCGCUAAGAAAAUCCCCCGCCUUACAACUGCCCAACUCGAUGCACCGAUCGAGCUCUCUUGAACAAGGCCAACGUGGACAGCUUCCGUCCGUGCCGUCCUCUUCCGUAUCGCUUCGAGACGUCCAGGCGGAUGCUUCCGGGUCGCAGUUCCCGCUCACAAAUAUUGUCAACCCAAAUGAUAUUGCUCAGGAAUUGAGCAACCUGCAGGCGUUGCGUCGGUUGUCCAUGGAUGUCGGCAACCGAGCGGAUCCGGAUAUGCCCAUGACUUUAUCUUCAAUCCCCUCAAUAGCACCAACCGGAAACGACGACGAAGGUGACCCAUCACGGCUACUUUGGGUACCGGCUAGAGUUCAUCCAGAGUUGGCUCCGUCAGAAUUCAAAUCAUUCUUGGAGAAUAGAGUCAACUCCAUCCGACGACGCUCUGGAGAUAGCCAUCUGUCUGUAGAUGGAGACAGGGACAACGGCGAAUCGAGCUCCUUGCGGCGUCGAAAGUCCAUGCUUUCUCACCAAAUAGACAACUCUAGUGGCUCAGGGGCAGAAGGCUAUCUGGACGGUGCCGAGCGAUUGGAACGGCAAAGAUCACGACGGGGUAAUCUCACGCACGAACUCAGUCUAGAGGAGCUCGUGAAUGACCCUGCUGGGGUCGUACAGAGACUCUCCCAAGAAACACAGGCUCAGUAUGCCGACUCGUUAAAUAACCGAGAUGACAUGCCAAUUCUGCCCAUGGCUCCUGGCAUGGGCUUGCGUCGAUCAACACGAACGACCUACCGCAAAGGAGGGAGCCUUCGAAACAGUAAUCGAGCAGCUAACUCACGGCGUAUUGCAGGCCACCAGCAGGAGAGUGCGAGUCUACCAAUGGUCAGUCCUCCUCUACCCGAUGCUCCAAGGGGCCACGGCUUAGAACGAGUCAAAUCGGAGCCGAAUCAUGAAAACUUCUCAAGACCAAACCGUGCUGUUCGUCGCCAAAAUAAAUUUUCGCAAGAGCCACACAGCACACUUGCGGCCCUGCAAGACACAGCCCCAAGCGCCAACUUUUCCAACGAUCCAGAGGAACCUGGCGCGAAACAGACUACAUCAGCUCGCGACCCGGCUUCACCCCCGACCAUCUCUAUCACGGAACAGCCAACUACUCCGCCAACUUCACCAACCUAUGACGCGAAAAGCGUUGACACGAAUAGCGUGGAUUCCUUCCCACAAAGAUCGUCAUCCCAAGGAGACGCUUCGCGCGAUGAUCCUCAGCUCGACACUACCAAGGAAGAGGUUUUAUCGCGCAGUAGUCGCGAUGCGGGAGUGAAGGAUGGCAACAAACUAUCUGCAGCGCAACAGCAACAGCAGAAACCACGCUCCCAAUCUCAACAGCACCAAACUCAACAUCAGCAGCAGCAACCUCAUCACCCCAAAACUCAACAGACCACACAGCACACUCACCCUCAGUAUACAGCAAAGUCGCCGCCACCAACACCUCAGUCACAAACUCUGAGUGAAGGAUUAGCCUCGAAUCCCAGCCUGCCGGGCGGCGGCAACACCAGAACUGAUGCCCUGACAUUCAUUCCUACCCUUGGUCCAGAUGAACGCAAGAGCGAAAAGAAGUCCAAGAAGGACAAAGAUGAUGACGGUUCUAGCUUCAAGUCAAGCGGCGCCUGGAAGUGGCUCAAAGGAGUGACUGAUGACAAGAAGAAAGACGAAAAUAAAAAGUCGAAGGCUAAAGCAUCGGCGCUGGCAGAAAAGGUUCAAGAUAGCGCUCGAUUGGAUGUCCUUCAAACCUCGAUCGACAAAACUGUUCCCAAGGGACGUGAGAGUCUUGUACUUGACCGUGACUCCUUUGAGAUCAAGCUACAAGAAGAGAGGAAAAAGGAGAGUCUGAGAAAGGCCGAAUUGAAGAAGGAAAAGGACGGAAAUAUUUUUUCGUCAAUAUUUGGCACUGGCAAGAAGAAGGAAGAGAAGGAAAAGGAAAAGAGUACCAAAAAACACUCUUUGCUACAUGUGCCGGACGAACCCAUCUACAAGCCGCUACAGCCAGACGUUGACUAUAACUGGACCAGAUUCCCUCUCCUAGAAGAGCGUGCGAUCUAUCGCAUGGCUCAUAUCAAGCUAGCUAACCCCCGUCGACCACUUCUAAGUCAGGUUCUACUCAGUAACUUCAUGUAUAGCUACCUGGCUAUUGUACAGGCUAUGCAUCCGCAGAUGAAUAUCCCCAUUUCUCCACAGCAAAAGCGCUUGGAGGAAGAGGCCAGACGGAAGCAACAAGAACAAGAGUAUCUGGCGCAACAAGGCACUGGUGAGGGUGACCAGCAAGACAUGGACCAGUAUAAUUUCGACUAUCAUCGGUCUACAAUCCAGUACGCCGAGUCCGGCAACGAUGGGUCUGUUGACUACGUCGACGACUCUCAAAUUUACGAAGAUGACCACGGAGACAGCCAAGAUCAAGACUAUGAUUACGGCGAAUCCAAGUCAUAUGAUAAAGGAGAGAAGGACUAUUAUGAAUACCGUGAAAGUUAA